AUGGGAGGAAUCGAUUCCCCCCCUCCCCACAACUUCCACCAUUGCUCAGUCGCUUCAGGUCACGUAGCAGGCAGCAAGAAGCAAGCAGCACGCAGCAAGAAGCAAGCAGCAAGCAGCAAGAAGCAAGCAGCAAGAAGCAAGCAGCAAGAAGCAGGCAGCAAGCAGCAAGAAGCAGGCAACAAGAAGCAAGCAGCAAGAAGCAAGCAGCAGGCAGCAAGAAGCAGGCAGCAAGAAGCCAGCAAAGCAGCAGUCAUCAAGAAGCAAGCAGGCAGCAAGAAGCAGGCAGCAGCAGGCAGCAAGAAGCAAGCAGUCAUCAAGAAGCAAGCAGUCACGCAGCAGGCAGCAAGAAGCAAGCAGCACGCAGCAAGAAGCAAGAAGCAAGCAGCAAGCAGCAAGAAGCAAGAAGCAAGCAGCAAGCAGCAAGAAGCAAGCAGCAAGAAGCAGGCAGCAAGCAGCAAGAAGCAGGCAACAGUCAUCAAGAAGCAGGCAGCAAGAAGCAGGCAGCAAGAAGCCAGCAAAGCAGCAGUCAUCAAGAAGCAAGCAGGCAGCAAGAAGCAGGCAGCAGCAGGCAGCAAGAAGCAAGCAGGGAUUCUAGGCGAGCGCGGAGGGCCCGAGAACCCGUCGGGGGCCUACAGGAGGCGGGGUGAAAAAAAGUUUUAA